GCCGAGCCGGGCCCCGCCAUGGGGGUGACGGUGGAGGUGCACCGCGUGUACCGCUACCCCUUCGAGCAGGUGGUGGCCAGCUACCUCCGCAAGCUUUUGAAGACUGCGUUGAAACUUGCUGAGGUCACCAGGCUUUUGCGGGUGGUCUCAGUGGGGUCAGUUUCCUGCCUGCUGCUGUCAGUUUCACGGGAUAAUGACCAGUACCCCAGUCCCAUGGACAAACACGUCACGGCUGUAGAAACAGUGGAAGAAAAAACAGAUUUGUCUACAGGGAUUGUUUACCGGAGGAGAAUUGCAACGUGCAAGAAUGUAAUUCCUGAGAUCCUGAGGAAGGUCAGUGCCUUAAAAGUGCCCAACAUCCACCUGGAAGAGGAAUCAUGGCUUAAUAUGCAGAAAAGAAAUAUGUCUAUGAAAACUCACUGUCUCACAUGGACACAGUAUGCGUCCCUGAGCGAGGAGUCUGUCUUCAGGGAGAGCUUGGAAAACCCAAACUGGACAGACUUCACGCAGAAAGGCAGGAUAUCGGUUACGGGGGCCGGUUUGCUCAACCGUGUGUUGGAAGCUUUCGCUCAGUCAUUCCUAAAGCAAGGCGUGAAGAAGGGUAUUAAAAUAAUGGAGACUCUUCUUCAGGAGCAGUGUGGUUGAUUGCACUCUUUAUGAGCUAUUGAGAAAAUGCAUCUGUGUAGUUUCCUUGGAGCAGCCUAUCUUCAUUGCCGUCGGAACUCUGUGGCUGUUACCUGAACUUCGCUGGUGCCGUUUUAUCGAGGAAAGAGAAUUUAAUGUGCAUAGGAGAAAGGGACUGUAGACUGCAAACCUUUUACAGAAGACUAAGGAAUCAUGCUAUGUAAGGGAAUGUUGAUCUUGAAAAUCACGGAGAAACAAAUGCAGGCUUGGAAGCAGAAGCAUCUUGUGAAUUUGUUCUACAAUCUCUAGAGAUUAAGCCUUCGAUAAGGGAACACAGAACAACAAAAUAAAAUAGCCCUCCGUGCUAUGAAGAGACCCAUGUCUCGUUAACCAGUUGCUUUGCAUCUUAUCAAGGGAGGUGCAAGCACGCCCCGUGUGCUGUUUAUUUCACAGCUUAAUUCUGUGGGAUAGAGGCUUCAUUGUACAAAAAUGAAGCUCAGCUUCAACAGCGGAGUAGGGUUGCUAUUCCCUGCUUGAGUCAACAUUGCUCAUUAUUUCAGCCCUGAUUGCUGUGUUGGAAAUGUUUGGUUAUUAUGCUCCUGCCAGUGUGAUUAUUUUCAGUUGUAAGACCUGCCUCAAUACAAGUUUUAAAUUACAUCUGUCUGAAUUCUUUCAGCAAGUAUUUUUCUCCUGUUGCACCUGAACAGGGGAAGAAAGCCAUAGGAAAACUGGUGAAGUGCAAGCAAAGUUCCCAACAGUGUCUCAUUUGCUUUUCUUCCUUUUGUUAUGUGCACUGCAACAGGAUAGUUUUAUUUCUAAACUUCCAUUGAAAAUUCAGGUGAGCACAGAGCUUCGAUACCUUUACUGAAGUUGGUUGACACCACACUUGAAUUCAGAUGCCUUGAAUCCAGCAUUUGUGGAGAUUUGAGCCCAUCAGCUGACUGCCAUAAAGCAGAAGGGCCAGCUGCAGUUCUUGGGGGCAGGUUGGGUGUUUCCCAGAUGCGAUGUGAACCCUGGGUGGGCUCUUCCCUUUGCUGCGCCCAGGUGCGGUGCUGCCAGGCGUGGUGUCACCAGGCUGGGGGGCUGCGGCUGCAGGGCGAGCUCUGGCCCCUGCCUUGGGACGAACGAGACGAGACCUGGGCCUCUGUGCUGGAUGGGUUUUGUACUGGCACAGCAGAACAAGAUACUUCCCUUCUUCCUUCUUAUUUUCGUUGGUAACUGGCUGUUGUGAGUUUAGACUCUGGAUGCCAAAAGGUACAUAUUUAUGAAACACGAAGGCCAAGACUAAAUACAUUCAUUAACGUAGUUCUGCUUCUUGAGUUACUGCUUUGUGUGCCUGAGGAAACUAUCAGAUUACUUCCUUUUUAGUUACAAAGUACAGUUUUAGGAGUAACAUUUUUAUUCUUGUAGUGCUCUGGAUUUUGGGAUUAGAAUAGUAAGUAUAUGCAUUGUCCCUCCACCCUGAAAGUAGGAGUAGUAUGUGAAUAGUAAAACCCCAGUGAAAUCCAGUCCCUUCCUCAAAGGCUGCAGUCAUGAUUGUUUAAAUAGUGCUGUGAGUUAUUCCUGGGGCCCAGAUGAUGCUGGGGCCUUGAGCAGCUCUGGCCCUCAGAAAUCAGUCCCAGCACUUCUACAGACCUCCUUUUCUAAAUAACAGGAUGGCAGCAGGAAAAGAUUUUUUUUUUUUUCAGAUUGUUUUAUCAGAGUAGUUAAUACACACUUGCUUAAUUCUAGGAAUUUAAUUAAUUCUUGCUUAAUGUGUGGACUAAAAACACACACAGGUAACUUUGGUCAAAGCCUUGAAGUAACAAAUUUAAAAAUGGAGAAAAUUAGUAUUUUAUUCUCUUAAUUAUUGUACUAAAGCGACUCUGUGAACAUUUCCAUUAAAAAGUCAUCUCCUUUGAUCACCA